AAAGAAGUGGUGACGUGUAGGAAACCGGGGCAGCUGCCGCACGGUGAGAUCAGCUUAUUUUGUCCAUCCCAAAUAGCUAGAAAAGUUAGCAUGAUCCCCUGAAAAUCAAAGGAAACACUGAGCAAACUACAGACGACUUGUCUCAGUUUGCUCACCUGUUCCCUGAGGGGUUCGUUGCUCAUCAGAGCCUUGGCAAAGCUCAUCUCUUCGUGUCCUGCUGCGAGAAACGCUGCCCACUCAUUUCAGAAACUAGCGAAGUAUUGCUGCUUUUUUCUUCUCCAAAAAUAGAGAGGAGAAAAUCUGCAUUUACAUAAACUGCUUCCCUGCGGUGCUCGAGGAACCCACUUGAGCAACACUUUUAAUAUUCACCACAACAGCUGUUUUUAAAUCCGCCUGUUCUUUCGGUAACGUAAACAUCUGCUGACUAAAAGCCAGUUCAGUAACCCAGCUCCUCCAGGGCUGAAAAAUAGACAAAAGGCGAGAGAAGGAGCUCGGACCAGCGUUAAGGGCAGAGUUUGGCAUUUCUUGUUUAGGUCAGUAAUUAAUCAGGCAGGCAGCUGCAGGGUAUUUUUUCAACAGCGGAUUGUUUUCUGGUUAGUCUCGUGUGCUUUCGUGAACACAAACGCGGGCUCUGAGGCAGUUUGAACGCGGGUCUCCCCGGUGUGACCGGCCGGGGAAGGCGGCGCGGGCCCUGUCUCCCGCCGGCCGCCAUCUUCUGGGGCAGAGCCCGCCCCCGAGCGCCCCUUCCCUUGCCCUUCUUUUCCCCUUCCUGCCCCGUUGUGCUUUCGCUUUCAGCCCGUGUUGUGGCGCUCGGCCCUGGGGUCCGUCCCGCCGCAUGGGGCGGCCCCGGGGGAGGCGGCCCCGGGGGAGGCCCCUGGGGCGGGACCCUGCCCGGCGGACCAUGCCCCUGGUUCUUGCCGCCGUGCUCGUCACGCAGCUGGGCGGUGCGGAGGCCCUGGACUGCGGGCUGGGGGAAUAUCCCGCGGGCACGGAGUGCUGCCCCAUGUGCGCUGCCGGAUUUCGUGUUUUCAAGCAUUGCACCGCCAAUUCCAGCACAACAUGCAUUCCAUGUGUUAAUGACACAUACACAGACCAUCCCAAUGGUCUAGAACAGUGCAGUCCGUGUAAGCUGUGUGAUGAAGGAGCCAACCUGGUGCCAGAAGUAGCCUGUACGCACACGAGGAACACGGGGUGCGGCUGUCCGGCCGGGUUUUUCUGCAGUUCUGUUGGGACUCAAGACUGUGAACUGUGUCAGCGCUACACCAUCUGCUUUCCUGGCAGUAUGCUCAAAGAAAGGGGCACAAAGACCACGGACAACGUGUGUGAAGCCUGCCCUCCUGGCACCUUCUCUACAGCCGACAUGCCCUACGCUUGCACACCGUGGCCCAAGCACAAUGAGGGCGGCCCAGGACAAGGAGAGGGCGGCAAUCCCAGCUCUGAUUACGCUGUUGCCACAAUUGCUUCUGUUGUUGCAAUUGUGCUACUUGUUGCAGCUGGCUUUGCCUGUGUCUGGCAAAGGAGAAAACGGAAAGGUUUUGUGCCACCUGUGCAGGAACCUGGGAGUGGACAGCAGGGUCAGACUUUGAUGGGAAACAAGGAUAACGGGGAUCAAACAGCUGUUCCUGUGCAGGAACGUGGUGCCGGCCUUGAAGAAAUCAGGCUUGAAUAAGCCAUUUUUGUUUGAACUGUUGUAAACGGCGGACAUGGUAAAAAACAAAAAAACCAACCAAACAAAAAAAUGCCGACAAAAACAGCCCAACCUUUUUAAUGGAGGAGAAUACAGCUUGAAAAUGAAACAUUGGAUCUGGAUCUGCAAAGGAGCCAAGGAAGUAGCCAAGUGGUGUCUUCUGCAGCGUCAGCGUUUGCAACAGUUGAGUGAUGGAGGUUGCUCAGAACCGCCAGAGCUUGGAGCCUCUCGCCCCCUGCGUCCCGGCGUCGUGCAGCAGCGCCCGUGGCGAGCCUGGACUUUCUUACUUACCAACCGCGACACUUGGUGCACAUGUAAUUAUUCCAAUACACGUUUGUUAGUGGAAAAAAACAUCUUUUUUCAUUGUAAACAUUCCAUAUAACUUCCAGAUGCAUUCCACAUAACAUUCCACAUUUUCCAGAUGCAUUUUGUACAAAUUUUUCUUCUUUAUAGGAGAAUAUCGACAGGCAAAGGACUCUUGCAGAGCAAGAAACAUGUAGCUUUUUCUAAUGUAAUGAAUUACACCAUUUCUGUCUUUUGCUGGUCACCUCUGCUCUGAUCUGUGAUCAUGUACUACAAUGAAACGUCCUACGUGAACAUUGUACGUAGAAAUAAAGUUUUUAGCGAUGAAGACA